AUGAAUUACAACAACUACAAGAUGGUCAUCGUCAAAACAUAUGCAGUCCGCCUGGUAGGAUGGCCCCAGGGUGUCAAAUUUAUCAGUCCUUCAAGCAUUGGGACUGUCGGCGAAAUCCGCAAGCUUCGUGAUAUGCUGAGGGCCAAGGCAUGUCACUGGAGUGCUCUGACCCCAGCAGAGGUCAAAGCUCAUACUGCUGCACUCGAUGUGCGUUGUUUGGCAGGGGAAGUCGUUCGGCAGCCACACAAGAAGCGCUCCAAUGCUGGAAUCCCUCGCAAGCGCAAGGGUGCACCUACUACUGGACAGGGA